CUCAGCAGGGUGGGAACAGGAGGGGCCAGGCUAGAGGGGUUCCUGCUGGGCCAGGAGCACUCGCAGGUCCCCUGGAAUGGUGACACAAACCUCACAGCAUGGCAGAGGGGUUGCACUUUGCACAGUGAUGCAAAGGUGCCCAACGCUCACCAAACCCCAGUAAAACGUGAGCACUGACAACACUACAGAAAUCAACAAACCCUGACCUGCCACAUUUCCUCCAUGGGGGAAAGGUGAACCCUUGGGAUUUCCAGGUUCACAUAAGGGGUUUGGUGGGAAUGAGCAUGGUGUAGUGCUUCCCGAUACCCAUGGGCCGAAACCAGGCGACGGCUGUGGCAGGUGGCGUUUCUCCUCCUCCCGCCCUUCUCUGGUUACCCGGCGCCAUCUCUGCAAACAAAGGGGAGGGUGUGGGACACAGGUGACGGUGACGGAGGAGCAGAGAGGAGCGUCCAGCAGCCAGCACUGAAACCCCACCCCGGGGCCAGCCCAUAUAAAUAGCACUGCGCACAGGUGUAAGCCGAUCCCCCAGCUGCGAGCGGCGCGGGUGGUGGCGACGGUCUCGGUCCGUGGGUUCUUCUCCACCAUCGCCUGGAGCGCGUCACUGAACCAUCCACCAUGUCAAUGGGGCUGGAGAUCGGCGGCGUGGCCUUGUCCGUGCUGGGUUGGUUGUGCAGCAUCAUCUGCUGCGCCUUGCCCAUGUGGAAGGUGUCGGCCUUCAUCGGCAACAACAUUGUGACGGCCCAGAUCCUCUGGGAAGGGCUGUGGAUGAACUGCGUGGUGCAGAGCACAGGGCAGAUGCAGUGCAAGGUCUACGACUCCAUGCUGGCACUCCCUCAAGACCUGCAAGCUGCCCGAGCCCUGCUGGUGGUGGCCAUCAUCUUGGCCGUCCUGGGCUUAAUGGUGGCCAUCGUGGGCGCCCAGUGCACCCGCUGCGUGGAGGACGAGAGCACCAAAGCCAAGAUCACCAUCGUCUCUGGCGUCAUCUUCCUCCUCUCUGGUGUCAUGACCCUCAUCCCUGUCUGCUGGUCGGCCAACACUAUCAUCCGGGAUUUCUACAACCCACUGGUGAUCGAAGCACAGAAGCGGGAGCUGGGCACCUCACUCUACGUGGGCUGGGCGGCCUCCGCACUCCUGCUGCUGGGGGGGGGGCUGCUCUGCUGCUCCUGCCCCCCCAAAGACGACAGGUACCCCACAGGCAAGGUGGCCUACUCUGCCCCACGCUCUGCUGUCACCAGCUACGACAAGAGGAACUAUGUCUGAGCCCCCCACGGUCCCCUGGCACCCCUCGAUA